GGACAAUACAGCGACACACUCAUGCUCACAAUGAAGGCAACAAUCACGAGUCUCUUGCUGGCGGUGGUGGUGGCACUCAGUGAGGCCAAGGUGGGUGCGCUGCGUCACGUGAGCACCGGCAAGUGUCCGACCAUCACCAACAAGCAGGACCUUGAAGUUGCCCCAUACCUUGGGAGAUGGUAUGAGAUCGAGCGAUUUGAAGCGAGGUUCGAAGAGGGCAUGGACUGUGUGCAUGUCGAUUACACUGAUUUGGGUGAGGGCGUGGUGGAGGUGCACAACAUGGCUCGCACUGCAGAGGGAGAGUUCUAUGACAUCAUCGGCACGGCGACUGUGCUGGAGCCCGGCGUGUUGCUAGUCGUGUUUAAUGAUGGCAUCCCUGCAGAGUACCACGUCCUGGACACAGACUACACUAACUUCACCGCCGUGUAUAACUGCGAGCAACUUGGAGAGCUCCGCUACCAGUUUGCUUGGAUCCUCGCCCGCCACACCACUCUCGACCAGAGCAUCUACGAGCACGCCCGCAAAGUGUUCGAGAACAAUGGCAUCGACGUGAGCCUCUUCAACCCCAUCCAUCAAGGCGAGGACUGCCCCUACUCGCCUUAGUUUCUUGUAGACAGUCUUGUAUUAUUCACCUCAUCUUCGCUUUCACGCCUGUAUUCAGAAACACUUCCCUCUCUCACCACGACAAUUUUCUAAGGCCUCAUAGACGACUAUCCGAGUUUUCAAGACAGUUUUUCCUCCUAAUUUACUUGCUAAUCUUGCCAAUCCAUCACCAGAACCAUAAAAAAAAGUUACCUGAAAAACACGAGAACCUUCAAGUAGAGCCUUUGGAAAACGGUGAUGGUGAGAGUGCAAAGCGUUUCAGAAUACAGGCAUCAGUCUUAUAAUGAAGAUUUUAUGAUUAUUUGGAUUGUUGUAAGAAUAGACGAAAUUUUUAAAGCAAUAAAUCACUCGGUCAGUAAGUUUAUAUGAGUGACCUCAAUAUUAUCUGCGUUUUAGAGACUCACGCACGUAACUAUGGAUGGCUAUUGCGCUUUCUCUUUCAAUUUGAGUAGAGUAAUGAUGAUCUUAUUGUUUCAUUGCUUCCCUUUCACGCUGGCUUGCUCUCCCUCAUGUUGUUACCCAAAUCAUCGAGUCAUGACUGCCAAUGUAGCAUAAAGUUUACGCACAUUAGAUUAAGAAACAACUGCCAAAUAAAUAAUUGCGUUACAGCUAUAUAAA